UAAUUAAUUGACCUUGACAAUGAAGCGGCUGGAAGCGCUAAAUGUUCGCUUCCUCCGCUUCGUCACCCGUGGCUUCAUAAUUUCCUGUGGACCGCUUUGUGUGCGGGGGAUGUGGACACAGGAGCGUUGUGAUCAGCCGUAACUCAGCCCGUGUGUGAAAACAGCGGGGUCCGCCGAGGCCUGCAGCAUGGUUUGACCUGAGGAGUGUUCAGUGGGCAAUGAGUGACAACGAGCAGGACUGGCUGGCUCUGAGGCCUCAGGAACCUUCUCCAUCCCAGUGCUGCGGCAGCGGCUGCAAGCCCUGCAUCUACGAUGUGUACGAGAAGGAGCUUGCACAGUGGGAGAGAGCCAAAGCAAUGCAAGACAAAAGCCUUCUCCUGGGAAAGAAGGAGCAGAGCAAUAAUUCAGAGCUGAAUCCAGAUACAUUCACUGCAUUCAGCGUGAGCUCAGUGGAACAGCUGACAGAGGACACCUACCAGUACAAAUUUGAAUUACCGGGAAAUAGCAGCCUGCGAUUGAGUUUAGGACAACAUAUCGUGUUAAGAGGAGUGGUGAAUGGUUUGGAGGUCCAGAGAGCCUAUACUCCAAUUAGCCCCAGGAAUGCAGAAGGUUACUUUGAAGUUCUAAUUAAAUGCUAUGAAGCUGGGCUAAUGUCAAAAUACAUAAAAACAUGGAAAAGAGGAGACGUGGUCUUUUGGCGUGGACCGUUUGGAGGGUUCCCAUACCAACCUAAUAAGAUAGACAACUCCAAAAGGAAGCUCGGUGAGGGGAGAUUUGCCUGCUGGAGGAUGGGGUGCACAGGGCUGGGCUGUCUGGCAGCACUGGCCAUGCUCUGCAGGGCUCUCGGGGAUGCUCCCAGCAGAGGCAUCAAAUGUGGGGGAGUACUUUCAGCACCUUCUGGCAAUUUCUCCAGCCCCAACUUCCCGGGGCUGUAUCCCUACGAGACAGAGUGCACGUGGCUCAUCGUGGUGGCCGAGGGCUCCUCCGUCCUGCUCUCCUUCAGCCACUUCGAGCUGGAGUACCAUGACACCUGUGCCUAUGACUACCUCCAGGUCUACAACGGGGCUGCCCGGGACCAGGGAAACCUCCUGGGCACCUUCUGUGGCCACAGCCCCCCACCACCCUUCUCCUCCGCCUGGCACGUCAUGGCUGUGGUCUUCCGCUCCGACCGCCACGUGGCCAAGCACGGCUUCGCCGCUGCCUACAAGAAAGACGCCUGUGGUGGGCAGCUGACGGGGCUCUCUGGGGAGAUCACCAGCCCCCGCUACCCCGAGAGUUACCCCAACGACGCCGAGUGCCGCUGGAGCAUCGGGGGGGCUGGCGGUGGUGGCCCCCUCACCCUGGUGUUUGCUGACUUCCAGAUGGAAGGGGGCCAAGGCUGUGGCUUCGACUACGUGGCCCUUUUUGAUGGCCCCACCAUCACUGCCCCCCGCCUGGGACGUUACUGCGGCAGCGCCCGCCCGCCCCGCACCAUCUCCUCCACCCCACACCUCUUCAUCAUCUUCAAGUCGGACUUCAACAUCGGUGGCAGGGGCUUCAAGGCCCAUUUCUACUCGGGCGAGUGCCAGGAGGUGUUUACCACCAUCAAAGGGAAUUUCUCCAGCCCUCAGUACCCCAACUUCUACCCCAACAACCUCAAGUGCCAGUGGAGCAUCCAGCUGCCCCCAGGCUACCGGGUCAAGGUCUUCUUCCUGGAUAUGGAGCUGGAGGGCCGGAGCAGCCUGACAGGUGGCUGUGACUACGAUCACUUGUCUGCCUUUGAUGGUGGCACCGAGAAUGGGUCCCUGCUGGGACGGUGGUGUGGGCGGGAGAGCCUGGCACCCGUCACCUCCCGCAGCAACCAGCUGCUCCUGGUCCUCCACACCGACCGCAACACGGCCAAGAGGGGCUUCUCCAUCUCCUACGUGGGAGUUGUGCCCAUGAACGUCAGCUGCACCCGGACAGACUUCCACAUCCAGAUCCCCAUGCAGUCCCUGGCCCAGCUGGAGAGGAAUAGGAUUUAUUUGGGGACCCCCUCCUGUGCAGCCCAGGUGGUUGGCAGGAACUUUAAAAUACACACCAGGUUCGACACCUGUGGCACUGAAUCUCAGAGACGCAACAACACCUCUGUCAUCAUCAGCACCCUCUACAUUGAUUUUUCAGUGGGAGACCAGGAGGACAUCCACCAGUACGAGGUGCAGUGUGAGCCAAAGAAGAAGGAAGCCUCAGUGACCCUUAUUGCUGGUCCUGAUCCAUCCAGGCUCAGCCAGGCAGAAAAUCUGGUGGAUGCCCAGCAGUGGGAGGGGGAAGCGAUCGAUGCCCGUGAAAUCAAGAGCCAGGACACCAGUGACAUCGUCUUCAUCAGCAUCUGCAUCCUGGCUGGGCUCCUCAUGGUCAUUGCAGUGGUGGGGCUGGUGCUUCUGUAGGAUGCUCUUUCCACUCUCCAGGGAUUGCAGUCGCAGUCCAGGGCAGAAGGGUACCCCAAAAUCCACCCUUACCCCAGGCUGAACCCUAACACAGCUACCCAAACAGAGACACAGCUCCCAGGCCCUGAAACUGAGCCUGAACCCAACCUCCACCUUCUCUUAGUGCCUGAAAAUUCUGGGCAAUAGGCAGCCGUUUCCCUUCCCAAUUUGUUUUCCUCUGUCUCAAUCUGUCCAUUUGGCUCAGGAAUGCAGUUCUUGCACUCCCUAACUCUUCCCGCACCUGCUUCAAUUUGUUUUCCCUGUAGUGCUGCUGCUUUCAGGAAAGUAACGUUGUUUGCCGAUGGCUGCAAAUCUUCCUGUCAAUUAUUUCUAGCUGAAUUCUUGGAUGUACAAACCAUCCCCAAAUGUAGCUGUAUUCCCAACAAAUGUUCUCCGUGCUCCCGGCCCAUGCUUGGGGGGGACCGUGGAGCUGUGUUACAGGGAUCUCCACCUGGCACACACAGAUGUAGCUCAUGUAGGUGCUCCCAGGUGAUGUUUCUGGGUGUCUGUGGGUGAUGUGAUGAGAUGCAUUUGCUGUGCCCUGGAGCUCCUCGUUUGAUCUUCUCAUGUUGUCUCACUUCUCGCAGGACUCACCUGAGUGCCUCAGCCACCAGCAGCUGGAGGGGAGGAGAACAACCCUCUUCUCCUCUGUGUUUUCCUCCUUUCUAGCAUAUCCAGGUGUCCACGGCUGAAAACUCUCUACCAGCAUUACUCCUGAAGUUUGAAAAUAUGGGCAAAUCCUGCUAUGGCUUGGGGAGAUGUUGGACUGCAGAGGUUUUGUUAACCCUAGAAAGACAACCUUGGCAAGAGGGGCUGGCUCCCCUGGGACCUCAAUGACACCAGAUCUCCACUCGUGGCCAGUGAAAAGACUGAUGUCCUGCUUCCCUCUGGGACAGUUCUGUUCAUCAGAGGAAGCAGCAGCCAAGGAAUAGGAUGAUGAUCCAGCAGCUUUUCCUCCUGGAUUGCACCAGCCCUGCGGGAGUGUCUGGGGAGGGAAGAAGGCACAGAGCUGCGCAUGCCUCCUAAUGAGGAGCCUUCGUUAUCGGAGCCCGGAUUGAUUUGGCGUUUGUUGGUGCAACACAUCGGCAAAUGAGAGAUUUCCCAGGGAAAUAUUUGCCAGCACCGUUAAGUUCCAUUAAGGGAAUGUUUUGAGAGCCUGUUGUGUGCAGAGAUGGUAAACAAGGCCAGCCUCCCCCACUGCCUGCAAAGCCUCACUGCUGGUUAAUUGCUGGGUAUAGAACUGUCAGCUUGAGACCAUAGUUACAAGAUUUGACAACUGAAAGAAACUUAAAGAUAUAAUUAACCUU